GUUAGCGUGGCGCUCGCAUAGUAUUCCGCGUUCCAUGUUCCCGUAGUACUCCGUAGUCGUGGGGGGUGCGCGAAGGAUUGCGGUCGUGUGACUGCUACCCCACCAAACACGGGGUAGUCCCGUGAUUUUUCCACGAUCGUACGGAAGUGGUCGUCAGUUCCGCAGGAACUCUCGCGUGGUUCGGACGUUCGCGAUACGCUUUUCGUUCUCUCUUUCUCCCCUCCCUCCCCUCUCCCCAUCUCUCUCUCUUUCUCUCUCUCUCUCUCUCGCUUCGAUUCCUCCACCGUGCGUGAUCCAGUCGCGUUUCGCAUUGUUCGCGUCCGUUUAUCGGCAUACUUUAUCAUUCUACGUGCUGUCAGUGUUUCCGACUUUCUUUCUGUAUUACCUUUUGUCGCGCGAUUUUUCUGUGCCGGCGAAAUCCUUUAUACUCUGUACGACAGUCCUUAUUUCGCUUCGUCGACAGAAUUUUUUUCAGUCGCUCCGUAUAAUUGUUCGUACGUUACACGUUUCUUUUUUCCUGUUCUUUUUUAUCUCUUUUAUUUAUUAACGUGGUUUGUCUUUAUUUUUCUCCGAUUAUAGCGUUACAAACGACUCGUUAAAUUGUACAUGGAUCGAAUAACGCGAGAAUUUGAUACUUUGAUAGCUGGUGCUAGUUUCAUGAUUCUCGAGUGAUCUACGUUUAAACGAAGCUAUUUUUCGAUUAAACAUCGCGAUAACAUUUAAUAAAACGAAUCACGUAAACUUGCGUCUGUUCUCGAGGAAUCGACGUUACUACCGCGUUUUAGUUUUUCCAAAUGAUCUUUCAGACCAAUGUGUUACGCCACCGUUUGAUCUUUUUCGAAAAAAUGGACGAAGAAAUUAACGUUGCGUUUUCGUCGUUCGAAUCCCAGCGAAAGCACGUUGUUCGAUAUUUCGCGUUGGUGUCGCGUCGAUUGAUUGUAAUCGGCAAAGUAUACAGCGCGUAAAGCUGGGAGAAAAAUGGUGCCGGAAGCGGUCGUUCCGUACGUCGAGUACCUAAUAAUUUUGUAAUUAUUUUCUCGAGGAUAAAAUAGAGAAAAGAAGAAACAGCAAUGAUAUCGCGUGUGCGAGGUUGGAAGAGUAGGAAGGCAGGUGAUCGAAUUUCCUAUUCCGAUCCAUCCUGUUUUUUUCUUUAAAAGUAACCGAGCGACUGUCUCCGUUUGCCUUGGCUUUUGCGUGUCUGUUAACUCGUGCGAAAUCUAUUUGUCCGAAAUGAAACGUUAGCGUCGCUGGCAUUUUCCGACAUUUCUCUUUGCUCGCUCUCUGGUAAAAGAUCGACGGCCUCGCAUUUUAUUCUUCUAAAUUUGUAAUCUCUAACAGUAUCAAUAGUAAUUUCAUAAAAAUCUGCUCGUUUAUCGCGCAAAGAAACGAUCGGAGUUAACUCAUGUCGUAAAAUAUAUUUUGCUUUCAUCCCUGUAUCAGUCGUUCUUCGUCGAUCGCAGAGCGUCGAUCCUAUCGCGAGAGCUUCGUUCAAAUCCGUCGAGCACCGACGAGACCGGGCGACGUUCCGUUAACAAGUUGGAAUACGCGAUACACCCAGUCUUUCAGCGGGGGUCGAGCUCCUCGCAGGAAAAAUCGUGCUUUUUAAGGUCGGGACUCUUCUGCUUUUACGCUUUCGAGCGGAUCGGUGGUGUACCAGCUUUCGUCGCGUCGUGCAAAUAACGCGCGCAGACACUCGCGGUGACGAAAUACCUAAAUGAAAUUUCUGUCACGCGUAGUCUUCGUCGCCGAACCGAAGCGGCUUCAACGAAUACCGCGGCAUCGUGCAACUACCUCUGACCCCGGUAUCACCAGCGAUAAAGCGAUUUUCAUUAUAUGUGCAUAGUUGUAGGAUUAUCCAGCAACGAGGAUCACUUCGUUACGGGUUUUCCUUGUGAAAUUCGUCCACAGAAAUCUUCUCUUUCUUUUCCAAAAAUGUUCCGAUAGUUGGAAUAGAAGUCGGAUAAUUUUUCAGGGAAGAUCAAUUUGGCGGAGUUUUUGAUCAACUUUUUUGAAUACGUCAGAAAUGUAGUCGAUUUUACCAUUACCGCCACUAUGCCGUUACGACCGGUUAAAUUUAAUCGUAAUUGCCAGUUAUUAAUUGCAAUUCCGUAUAUCGCAACCUUUGUUUGUUGUACGUACAACGAACGCGUGGAAACGUUCGGUUUCAUCGAAGAGGAAUUCGAACGAAUCGAGGAUUCGUGGAAACUCCGUGUCGGAGGUUAAAUAUGUGUGCGUGGAGAAAAAGUCCUCGGUAGAAUGCAACGCUCGUCGAAGACGCGCCUCUUGGCAUUUACGCUGCGUGCACCGUGCGGUACUGUUAUUUGGACGGGCCUCGUCCAUACGAUUCUGGAACGGUUGCUCCUCGUUUCCAUGAAAUUUCCUAGGAAAACGGUUCCAUUUUACCAUUUAAAGAUGCGUAUCGCGCGACGCAUUUGCCGAAACUACCGAAUACCACACCGAAUUUGCAUAACUGGACUUAUUCUCGCCGUAGUUAGCCUUCGACGAGUCGAGGCCUCGUGUUUUUAUUUCUCUCGUUUCGUCCACGUAUUUUCCGUGUUUCGCGUUUUCUUUACCGUCAAUCCGUUAAUUGGCUUGAUCGAACUCUGCUUUCUAACGUUACGAUUGUAAAAGAGAUUGAUAUUUUCUUCGCCACUGUUUCUUGUAUCUUCCUUCGUUUAGAUUUUACAAUUUUAUUGGUCGUUAACGAGUUAAAGAAAGUAUAAAUUGCUUUUUUUAUGCUCAAGUUAGACGGAGUAGAGAGAAAAUGUAAAUUGAAUGAAACGAUGCACGGUGACCUUCGGCCGAUUCAUGGCCGUGGGAGAAGAGACUAGCGAUUUUAAUCGUAUGCUGCGAAUAACGUACAGAGGAUACGGGACAUCUGGUUCUCGUUUGUAAGAAGCGAGAACCCGGUUGUCCAAAAUGCUUCUUCAAGCAGCGCAGCAUUUUGCAAGUGCUCUGUACUUUAUUUACAGGAUAUUUGCGUCUCCUGCCUGUGCGAGCUUCUUCCGCGCUCUAUUGCGAAUUAUUUUUAGGAAAGUCACUGGACGCUGCUCUGUUAAGUUUACUCUUUUUUUUUUUUUUUUUUUUGUUACAAGCGUGUAAUAGAAACGUAUCGAUAUAAAAAUAUAUAUACGCGUUAACGAUUGGACGAAUGAAAAUCGACGUACUAAGGAACGGAUCGUACAACUCCGAUUGUAAAAGUAAAAAGUUCGUUUUAGUCCGACGAUAGUCGAAAAUAAACGUAUUCUCGUACUCGUUCUACCCUAUCUGUUCGCAAUCUUUCCGGAUAACAGUUACGAUUACGUAAAUUGACUCCGUUGGCUAGAAACGAUCGAAAUCUCGUUUGUCCGAGCAAAACGGUCUUGUAUUCCGACAUGCAAAUGUAGGGUCGCGGAACAGGGAGAUAAUUUCACGGCGAUCGCGCCCGGUCACGUUGUUUAUGCAGGGCAUCCCUAUAAAUAUUCAGCGCCAUCGCGUCCCCUAUUUUUCAUCCCUGUUCGUUUCCGUUGGUUUCCGGUCGCGGGCUCGCGGUCCCGUUAAGGCAAUCGUCGAAGAGUUCGGUAACGAGGCGACGCUGUUUCCAGCGAGGUGUUUCGCGAGAACGAACCGCCUUCCACGGAAUACAGGCGGCUACCAGUGAAAGUGAAAAAGGUGCGUGUUCGGUUCAGGCGUUCCGUUCCGUUCGGACUUCCAUUUUGUACGCUGGAUACCACACCGAGCGAUCAGACAACGCCGCAUCGCCAUCUGCCCGGCACUCUGCGAGGUUCCCUGAGCUACUCUCACAGCCACAGGCAUAACCAUCUCCACAGACAUGAUCCACCGUUGCCACCGGCAUAUUGCACUCCACCUCCGCCGCCCACCUCCAGUUUGCCCACAGUGCAGCGUGGCUGUGCCCUGCAUUCGAGGCUCGACCAGCCGGUGACCAGCUCGACGUCCGGAAUGGACAGCAAAAAGGUUGUCCAGGCGGCGCCGCUCCCCGUACCUGUCCAGGUACGUAGCAAGAACGAUGGCUCGGGGGUAGCCGCAUCCGUGUCGGGGGUUCGCAGACGAAGCGGCUCCCAAGGUUUACGAUCGCCCGCCGCGAAGAGGCCACUCUCCGCUCCCGUCGCCCUUCAAGGAUGGCUACACAAACAGGGCUCCGAGGGGCUGAUGCUUUGGAAGAAACGGUGGUUCGUCCUCUCCGAGUACUGCCUCUUUUAUUACAAAGGUCCGGAAGAGGAAAAAUUGUUGGGCUCGAUAUUGUUGCCGUCGUACAGAGUUACCGUGUGCAAGCCCGAGGACAAAGUUAAUAGAAAGUUUGCGUUCAAAGCCGAACACGCGAACAUGAGGACCUAUCACUUUGCAGCGGACAGUCGCGAAAGCAUGAAUCAGUGGGUGAACGCGUUAACCUUGGCGACUCUUCUUCAGGACCCAAGUCCUGGAACCGGCGAAGCAGCGGUGGUAAUCGAGAUAGCUGGCCAGCCGGACGGGGAGCGGAGCGCACGGCCGAGCGUCUCAUCGAUUUCCUCGAUUCUGAAUCAGAGCGCUGACGAUAGCGACUCUGGAUUUCACGGUUUCCAAUCGCGGGACGAUCCGAGCCACGCUUCCAACAACAACUCCAGCCCGAACAGCGUAAACACCGCCUCCUUCCCCAAUCUCAGUGGCAGCAACAGUAACAGCAACACCAACAACGGAAACAACAACAGCAAUAACAACAAUAACAUCAUCACCAACACCGGUAACAACAACGCGAACGAAGUUCAGCCAAUGGUAAACGGCUGGAUUCAACAGCAAACUCCGUACGGUCAACCUAGCACGUCGCAGCACCAACAUCAGCAACAGCAACAGUACGGUCAGCUGAUACCCUCUUCUCAGCAACUGCAGCAGGUUCACUCCCACCAACAUCAAGCGUUGCUUCAUCAGCAUUUGUCUCAUCAGAGUACCAAUCAAACUCAUCAGCUCCAUCAUAACAAGCACGUCGUCCAGCAGCCGCAAUCCCAGUCGCACUUGACAGCCAGCAACGUACAAACCGUGCAGCCCAUGGCCCGAAAAUUCGGUCAACCGAUUUACGCGAACGCCCCGCCCAAACCUAGGAGACUGACCGACGGAUCGACGGAGUAUUCGACUCCGUCGCCGGAUCCGGACUACCGGAAAUCACCGGUAUCGCCGGACGUUACGGUGGCCAGCAAAAGCCCGAUGUCGGACUACGACAGAGGUAGCAUGAUCUACGGGACGAGGAUGAAUCAACCGUCGCAGCAGAGCCUCAGAACGGAUAAAUCGGGCUUGAAUUACGGGUACGGUCAGGUGCAAACGGAAAGGCGCACGCCCGACACGUACGGUCGUAGCGCGGCUAAACCGAGAUCCGCCAGAGGGAACGGCGACUACGAGGAAGUUUAUGGGGCUCCUCAACUAUAUCAGAGGCCAGCUGGACCUGUUGGCUAUACCAAAGGAUCCUCGCCAGCACCUAUUCCGAUUCCGCUGUACGCGCAACAACAUCAGCAGUAUCAGCAGCAGAUUCAUUCUCCUGGCACGCCCUCCAACAUGCCAAUAAUGAGGCAACCGAGAACGCAGCCACCACCGCGACCGCAUAGCGCGGACUUCUUGGAGUACGAAGCUACCAGGAAGCCUCAUCAGCAGAUGCCACCGCAGUGCGAAGAAUCGCUGAAUCAACAGAGACGUCCACAAAGGCCUAAAUCGAGUUUAGACAUAGUCACUCCGUCGGACGCUACCAACGACGGUUAUUUCUAUUCCGAGGAAAGAUACGCGGCACAGAUGCGGCAGUCCUCGGUUUAUCUCCAUCAAACACCUCAGCAUCAUCAGCAACAAAGGAACCAAUCGCUUUCCCGAGCAACAAUGCCGUCGAAAGCAUCGGGAAUCCGCGACAGAAGCGACGAGAGUAGAAUAGCAACGCUGCCGGAAGUUUCCUGCUCUGGCUUGAGGCGGUCGCAACGCGAGCACGUUCAUCAGCAACACGUGAUACCUCACCAAUCCCUUCAAAGGCACACCGAGGUAAACAGCAACGAGGCGAAACUGAGGCGAUCAUUGCGAGAGAAGAGUUACGAGUCGAGUAACCGAGAAAUGUUGAGUCACAUGGCCGAGGACGGAACGGUGCCGCGAAGAAUUCCACGAGAGUACGAGUCGUCGAUGUCGGCGGGGUGGGGCGGCAGAUCGACGAGUCACACGGCCCAGGGGACUACUCACGUGGGCCAACCGUGUCACGCUCCUCACGCCGCUGCCAGACGAUGGAACGAACAGCAACAGUUCUGCAGAUCGGCGUCCGCGCGUCUCCCGAGGACCAGGCAUCCGGCCGCCUUGGAUCCCGACGACGACGACUACGACUACGGAGAACGAUCUUCCGAACAGGACUCGCGGGAUGGUGAACGAAAGAUACAGCAGCGCGAGGAGUCAAUGAAGCGACUGCUGGAAUGGAAGCAGCGAAUGCUGCAAUCGCCGUUAACCCGGAAGCCAUCGGCCUCGGUAAACAGAGGACGGGCGCAGAACGAGCUGUCAAACUAUUACAAGCAGCAGGCGCUGCUCGAGCUCGCCGCUCACGAGGCCUCUGUCGCAGAGGGUCGUCACUCACGGCGAAGAGAGGACGGUCAUCGGCCGCAUGUCCGCAGCAAGAGCACCGACGGCCGCCGGACUGUCGCCAACGUUUCGCGAUACAACAGCUACUCCAGCGACGACGAAGAGCUGGGAGAUGUCCGGAGGAAGCGCACGCGUAGACCCUCGCAUGCAGGAAGGAGCCCCCGCCAGCACGGAGACAAUCGUUCGUCGGGAAAUCCGCUUCACGAUGCCGUCCCCGGAAGUGGCCGCCAGAGUCAGAACGCUAUUCGAGUCUCGAACGACCGACAACCGAGCCCCACCGCUACCGUUCUACCUAAUCUGGGCGGAAUACCUCCGGAUGCCGGGUACGAGGAGGUCAGCUUCCCUCCUAUACCGAGAACCGAACGUUCUCCGGAGUAUAUUUCCUCCGGGCAGACGUCUACUACGAGAACCGAUCGGCAAGAUCACGAUACCUCUUCCAUCGACGAAGACAAGCUCAAGAAGAAACCGUCCGGGAUCCUCAAGACUUCUACGGUUUACGGUGUCGAGCAAGCCGGCAAGAGUUCGAAUUGCUCAACCGGAUACGCGACGGAGACCUGGCCUGCCCAGAAGACGGUUCAAUGGACCACCAAGAAGGAACCCGACGAUUGGGAUUCCAAUAUCGAUGAGAGCAAGGUCAUCAAAGAAUUUUCUUAUCAAUACAUCAAGGAAGAGUUGGAGUCGAAGAAGGAGGACAGGUCUGCGGCUAAACCGGAAACCAUGAAUCUGGUGCAGUGUAGGAUACGAUCGUUCGAGCUAAACAUGGAUAGCUCGAGUCCGGUGAAGGAGGUAUUCGCCAUGCAGGAACCGCUGAAAGUGUCUCCUCUUCAAGCGACGGAAGCCCACGUCUCUAAGCUAGACUGUUCGAAAAAGACGUCGUCGAUAAUCCGCAGCUUCGCUCUGGGUGAUUCGGAUUCUCAAGAUUGCAAGUACAAAAGCGUCAAAGAGAGCCAUACCAAACAAGCGUCCACGGAUAGCAACAAAUCCGUGAAGGAUCUGCUAGCGGAUUUCGAGAGGAAGUCUCGACAGGUUCAAAGACAAGAAUACGGUAGGCACCAGGAAGUGAAACACCGUGGAGUGUUCAGCGACUCGGAGGCUUUGCUGUACGAUACGGGCAGCGAUCUGGAUCAGCGUGAGAAAAACGAAGACGCGCAGGACGAGAGGACCUUACAGAUCGAUCAAGUUGUACCUGAGCCUAUCAACGACCAUAGAAUGUACACCGACACGACGAAGAAGAAGGGGGACGUCUCCUUUAGACGCAAGAAAAGAUCAUCGUCCAAGGAGAGCGAGAGCGAUCAAACUAUACCUACGGAGGAUCUAGACACCCUAUCGAAUCCCAGUUGCGCUAGGUUAAGCGUUACGGAAUCUCUGUUGACUCACGGCGAUCGUUUCUCCGGAGAAAGCGGUACCACGAGUCCCACCGUGAAGCAAGAGGAUAUCAGUCCCGAAGAACACUAUCUGCCCAUGACUCCUAGGAAAGCUAUAUUGGAUCCGAACGACGACAGACCGAAUCCAAAGAUGAUGGAGAGCCUAUUUGCCAAUUUGGACCACGAGGAAAGUUCGUACGUGGAGAUGGCGCAGAACGGUAUGACCCAUUCCCUUUUGGCGCCCACCGACGAAGGUAGGAAACACGAUUCCGGCGAUUAUUCUACCUUGGACACGCCUCACUACGAGUUCGUCUGUGUGUCUGACAACAAAAUGGAGCCAGUGUAUAUGGAGGUGAGUCAGUUGUCGGAAAAGGAGGAACAAGACGGUGGAAAGGUGUCCCUUUCAAAGAGAAACGACGAUUCGACGUAUUCGAGGACGACCGAUCUACCCGAUAUUUUAACAGCCCUCAAGUCCGAUAGUUCGGACGCCGAUGACGAAUCCUCAAAGGAUCUGGAUUCGAUCGACGCUCCUCGGCAUCCUAGGUUCAGUCUGUCGGAUACUUUCAGACCCGCCUCCUAUUAUCUAGGCGCUAGUCGAACCAUGAUCGCGGAACUGCACGAUUCUUCCGACAGUGAGCUGGUAUCACCCCCGCCUAUUCCAACCUCUCCGCCUCCGUUGGACGAUUUGGAUUCUUUGGACAUGCAAGAAUCUUUAGAAAUCAAAAAGGUGUCUCCGCAAGUAGCGGUGACGAAGGAUAACACUUCGGGCAGAGACUCUCCGAAGUCGUGGAACAAACCGAUGGGUCAGAUCGAGACCCAUAGGCCUCCGUCGAGAUUUUCGGACGCUACCAUCAGCUCCACUUUUAGAGACAGUAGAAUAUCUUUGGAGAGCGCGUCCGGAAGCGACUCGGUGGAAUUGAGAAUGCCCGAGGAGGAAGCGAGACACAGACAAUUGAAAACUAGACCAGUCAGCGAAGUGUGCGAAGUUCUCGACAGCUUAGACGAAUUGGAGUCCCUCGGAAGCCGCUUCGACGGAGCUAGUAUCGACUUGGAUCAAUAUCUGGAGGAACUGCAGGCUCGCGACGCCUUCAACGUCGACUUGUAUGCGAAAGAUCUCAGUUACAAUAGCAUUUACGGAUUCAACGAGAACAUGAUGGUAGUGGACAAGCUGCAGAAGACCACCUGCCGCGAUCUGUCGAGGCAAGCGAACUUGGGCUUCGAUAAUCUUGACCAAUCUCUAAGGUACGGCGCGGCGAACAAAAUGGGAUCGGCGAGUAGCUUGCCUUCGAUGAGAGUCUGCGACGCUCCUCCUUCUCAUCAGCACUCGCAAUCCUUCACCGGGGAUGCUCAUUACGAAAAUAUUUCGAGCUUUUCUCCAUUAAGGAAUUCACCGGCGAUUCGAUCGGACAACCAAUCGCGAGACAAUUCGCACGGUCUUCAGAGAGGAUCUCAAAAUAAUCUGCUUACGGCUUCUCAUAGCAGAGAUUCUAGUUACUCUCUGGCCUCUGGAGCCGCUUCGAUCUCGACUUCUAUGGCUUGUCAGAGACCUGCCAGCGCCCAGUCCUCCAUGCACUCUCCUACGGGUUCGAUGUCCUUAGGAAACCACGGGAAUAGUUUGGUCGGCAACAUGCUGCAAAACGCGAGUCCCUACUCCGAUCUACGGUUUCAAAGUCAUUCGAGGUCGGCCAGUCAGGAUUCCGCUAGAUACUCCAUGAUAUCGAACCACAGGUCGUCGUCCAGUCAAGAUUCCAGUCACUAUCAAACUUCGACGUCUACGGUUAAGGCAAAUCCCGCGCCUCAAUCGUAUCUGCCAGGUGAGCCACAUCUACAGAGCGAGCAGUCAGGCGCGCCUUACUACUACUCCGAUCUCCAAGGUAGCGUAAACGCCGUAGACACGGCCGAGUCGAUGAAGCCGAUCGGUCAUUCUUCCAGAUUGCCUCAACUAAACAAUCAAAGAGACGACGCUUCCGCGUUAAACAAGAGGAACGAUAUAGGACGUAUCGUGAAUCCAAUUUCCAGACAAAUGCCCAGACAGAUUCAAGUGGAUGACAUAGACGAGGCUAGGCGAAUAGCAGCCGAACUCAGGAAAACGACAUGUCAACUGUUGGGCGACAACAAAGUCGAUCUCGUGGACAAGAAGAACUUUUACGAAGCCGAUACUCUGAGAAGGGUAAAAUCUACCGAUCCAUUGCCUGAUAUCUCGUCGGCAGAGAUUAGCACGAGGAAUCUAUAUCCGCAUGGCCUUCGCGAUAAAUCGAACAGUCAGUCGAACAGCCGAGACACCUUCGAGUUGGCGCUUGGAACGCAGACAUCCCAUCGAAGGUCUAGGUCUUUGGAGGGCCUUUUGGACGAUGUCGGGCUUCAGAAUCUAGUGGAACAGAGAAACAGGAACAACCGAGUAGCAACGGUUCCGCCCACUCAGGUUGAGGAAGAAGCGCCUCAGAACAUGGAUGGCAUCGGUAGCGGUUCUACGUCGAACAGCUUCAACGUCGAUGACCCCUGGGAGCAGGACUCCUUGUGGAGAGAAAGUCUCCGUCGAGUGAGUCUAAGAAAUGCCAGGUCCUUGGACAAUUUGGGCAGUCCACCAAGACCGACCAUAUCUGGCUCGGACUCGAAGGGACGGAACAAAAUCACUCGUGGUGCCACCUACGUGAACGACAGCGUGAUCUUGCGACGAGAGAAUUGCUCGGAGGAUUCUUCGGACAGGCCACGCGUGAAACGUCGUGCCAGCAAGGAACAAGAGAGGGACGAGAUGGUGGACGAUCUGACGUACGAGAGUCUGUCGAUGGAGCGGAUUCACGCGAGCGGGUACGUGUGGGACGCGCAAAACGAGGCUUACCGGAAAGCCACCGCCGAGGAUAUGGAUCAUUUUUUAGAGGAAGGCAACCUUCCCCCGGUUCGCUCGAUCUCGGAGACAACGCGGCAGAUGUCCGGGCCUGCGGCGACGUCCGCGGCGUUCGAGCUCGAUCGAGAGAAGCUACGUCAAUGGGAUCUGCUGUCGAGCGCCUGCUUGCUCCAGGAACAGCAGCGCAGCUCAAUGGCGGAUUCGGGGCGAGGGUUGCCAAUUGCGGAACGACCUGGAGACGUUCUCGAUGUGUCGAGGAACGGUGCACCGGUGCUGAACAACGGCGCCGGCACCGGGCCGAUCACGAGCACGACAGUUGCGGCCAAUCGCGAUCGGGACGUCGUUUUGGAGGUGCUCGAGAAGGGCGUACAGCAGAGUAUCUCAACGACGACGACGACAACGACAACGACGACAACGACGACGACGUCGGCGGCGGAAUAUCUCGGGCCGAGCAACAGGCAGGAUUUGAACCAGGAGACUAAAGAAGCUUGUAACAGGGCUGCAGCUUCCGGCUCUGGAUCGGUGAUAGGAAGGGAUCCACUUCCGCCGAGAGCUGUCAGCACUUCGCAACUAGCUCAAAGAACGCAAACCCAACCACCGGCGACCGUCUCUACUCUUCCACUGCCAAGGAGUAACGCCACGCACAGACAACCCUUGCCGCUUCAUCAAUCCACUCCUCAAUCGAUCAGACAAUCGGAAAACGAUAUGACUAACUCGCAAUUAUUGCGAGCCGCCAGCAGCGGCGACAUUGGAGCCGGAUCUGCCAUAUUGAAUAACAGCGACGGAAAGGACAUAAGAUUAACAUCUCCCAGCGGUCAUGCUACUCAACGAUUGAUGAGUCCGGCUUUGAGGGUUGUUUCCUUGAACGACCAUCGAGUUUCCAGCCCUAGCGACAGCGAUAUACGAGUUCAUAGUCCAAUCGAGAGGAAAAUGGUGAGUCCGAUCGGCCGAGAGGUGGACCGCGGCGGGGGCACGGCUGGUAGGCAGAAUCAACGCGUAUGGGAAUGCAACGAGUUGCUGCACAAAAGGAGCAACGUCAGCUCCCAGCGAGCAGAGGGCGGCCGCAAGCUGCCGCAAGCCGCAACCCAGGGACUGGUUCGCGUGUCCGCCGGCGAACUCCUCGGCAGGACCCACGAGGAGUUGGUGCUCCUGCUGAUCCAGCUACGCCGGCAGAACGCCACCAUCUACAAAGCGAUGGAGAAUUGUCACAUGGAGAUCGAGGCACAGGCUAGAUUGGCAGAGCUCGAUACUCCGCGACGAUUGGAGAACCUUCAGAAACUCGAGGAACUAAAGAAGCAUCUGAUGGAUCUCGAAAAGCAGUACGAGAAGGGCAAGCCGCUAGUGAACCUCGUGGACAACAUGGUGAAGUUGGGCUCCCUCUACAAUCGCAACACUGCCAAUGGGACCAACAUCUUCUCGGGUUCUCGACACGACCUAACACACGACGGUUCUAGGGAUCAUCGUCUGGAAUUCAAUCAGAAGGUGCAGGAGCAACGUUUGCUCGCCGAGGAACGUAGAGAUUGGGACCGAUUAAGUCCCGAUCACGGACAAUUACAGGCCAAGGUGCAGCAGCUCUACAAACUGGAUCGCCUGCUUCAGGAGGAAUCCGGAACGCUUCACAGUCUUCAGCAAGACAAGGAGAUUCUGGAAAAAGCUCUAGGUGGUCUCCGACAUAAACUGCAGGGCAGCAGGAGCAAUUUGGUGGAAGCAGAGAGAUACAGGAAGCAGCAGCUCCUUCUGGAAAAAGAACUGAGCAGAGUGAGAGUGUUGCUGGCACACAACUCCAAGGUAAAGCCGGUAUUCUUCCAGAAACUCGAGGAAACGGUCGCGGAAAAUGCGAGAUUGGAACAAGACCUGGUGGUGCUGCGACAGAAGCUGCAAGCAUCGAGGAGGUAUGCAGGAAAUAUGACUAGAGACACUUCGGCCACGACUGGCCCUCUCGAAGCAGAGUUGAGAAGAGUUCAACAAUUGGUCGGAGAUCUACAGAGACAACGAAAGGAAUUGAGCAUUCAAGUUAGACAGUUAACGGAGAAGUCUCACAGUCUGGUGCAACAGAUUCGACCGCAACCUACUUCUGCUCCUCAAGUGCACCAACCGAAGAAGCGAACGCAAAACUCUUGGUUGGAGACCGAUCUUGAUUCUGGGAUAACUUUGGACCACGGUUUGGAUUCGCCAUCGAGCCCUGCGCUGUCCUCGUCGCCUCGUGGCAAGCAGAACGGUGGACCGUAUCCGCAUUUCGGUUCACCGACACAGAUCAAAGACUCGUCCCCCACGAAUCGUCAGCAAUCGAACCUACAAUCGUACCCUCAGUCGCCGCAGAAUCAUAUUUCCUCGCUUUCCCCUCAGUUACGAGAACAGAUUCAACAACAUCAGUUGAAGCAACAGCUUCUAAAGGAUCAAAUGCAGGGAAAAGGAAGCCUGAUGCAAGCGAACGUUUCUCCGUUAUACAUCAACACGGAGUCUAGAAUUCACGAGAACAACAGACAAGAUGAAAAUUUGACUAAUGGUACGAUUCCUCCACCGGAGUACGUUCCACCGCCUCCGCCGCCACCCUUGGCCGAAGAAACGUUACUAAACGAUAAUUACAGACAAAACGAGGACAACAAGUUCGCCGGCUUAAUCCACAACCGUGAGAAACAAGAGAUUAAGACCGUGCGAAUCGUGAAGCGGGAAUCGGAAAGACGGCAGAGAGAUCGAGGAGACAGAACUGGAAACAUUGGAAUUCCAUUAACGAACGGGCUUCAGGCGCCUGGAGGUGCCAAGAGAUUGUGCGACGAUGAUUUAGAAGGUUCUCAGAAGUUCGAGAAGGCUCAAUUGGGAAAGGUGGUAGAAGAGUCGCCGAUGAUUCACGCUCAAAGCACAGUCCAGCUGACGGAUUUGGACGACGUGCAGUUCCAAAGAAGCAUGUCCUUACCGAGAGGUUUCGGCGGACAGCGGCAACAACAGCCCGAGAUUCAUCAGGUUCCGGUAGUGCCUCCUCCCAGAAGCGACAGCAUGCACGCUUUGAGAACCAUGCUAGCUAGACGAAAUAAAGUCAGGUUCGAAACUCAAGACGGAAGCUCGGACAGUACUCUGUCGCCGUAUACGGAGAGCCUCGCUUCGAGUUCGCACGUACCUAUGAGCUCGCCGAAUUACUCGACCAGUCCGUCCUAUAGCCCCAGCCAGCAGAAUUAUCCGAUUAAACCGAACCAUCAUCAGCCGCCGUACUACCCACCGUACAGACACUACGAGAAUCCAUCGAGAAACGAGAGCAUCCCGGAGCCGGUGAGUCCGGAGUUGUUGUCACCGACGAACCUCGAAGGCCAGGACAGAAUGUUCGGUUCGUCGUUGAACGUGAACGCGUCGAACUCGCCACAAUUGUCGCCCAUUUUCAAGAGCGAAGCGGCGAAACAGAUCAUCAAGGAGAUGACGGAAAAAAAGAUCGAGGGGCCGAGGCGCAGACAAAUUCCCCGCGAGAAAAGACGACACUAUACCGUGUCCAGUAGCAAACCCAUUCUCGAUCUAGAAGACACCUUCUCGAAGAUGGGAAUGGGAAGAGCCAGAGAUGAUCUUGAUAUGGAACGAGCGCUCAGGCCGAGGAUCAACGCACCGGAUGUCGUAAGAUCGACUUUGAGUCACAAAGAGCUGAAGUAUAACGAGAGUACCAUCGAUCAGCUGCUAGGAACGCCCAACAAGAUCGUAAUCCCUGAAAGAUAUAUCCCAGAACAGACGCCAGAAUUAACUGCGGAGGAACAAGAGCAACGAUUGAAGAAAGCCGAAGCGAUAAGAAAGAUGCUGUCGGAAACAACCGUGACUGCGCCAGAUGGAAGCGACGAUAAUAUCAAUAUCGAACAAUCGGACAGCUUGAAGAGAAAGGUAGUGGAAGAGAAACGGCAAAGAGAGCACAUUUUGCAACUGAAUCAAAUUUUGGCCAAGCAAGUCAUGGAAAAGAGCAAGAUGGUGGCGGGUACGAAAAUGUCAUCGGGAAAUAAUUUUCUAACACUUUCCUUGUUACUUGUGGUUCUCGUUUACACGACAGUUUCAGCAAAUCAGCCUGCCAGAAUAUCGUGUUACUUCAGUAACUGGGCCAUUUAUCGACCGGAUGUCGGUAGUUACGGAGUAGAUGAUAUUCCGGGUGAUCUCUGCACCCAUAUCAUUUACUCGUUUAUCGGUGUGAGCAAUGUCACUUGGGAGAUACUUAUCUUAGAUCCAGAACUGGAUCAAGAUAAAGGCAAUUUCUUGGCCUUCAACGACCUUAGAUCGAAGUACCCUCAUCUGAAAACCUCCGUGGCUGUUGGUGGUUGGGGAGAGGGUGGCAGAAAGUACAGUGCUCUGGUCAGCGUGAAGGAAAGACGCGACAGCUUCAUCAAGAGCGUAGUUGAAUUUAUGCGUAAAUACGAUUUCGAUGGUUUCGAUCUCGAUUGGGAAUACCCUGGCGCCUCUGACAGAGGUGGCAAAUUUUCCGACAAGGACAAGUUCUUCUACUUUGUCGAAGAAUUAAGACGUGCUUUUGACAAGGAAAACAAGGGAUGGGAGCUCACGAUGGCGGUGCCAAUGGCAAAAUUCCGGCUAGACGAGGGAUAUCACGUGCCAGAAUUAUGCAAAAAUAUGGACGCCAUCCAUGUAAUGGCUUACGAUCUUCGUGGUAAUUGGGCUGGAUUUGCCGAUGUACACAGUCCACUUUAUCGUCGUCCACACGAUCAAUGGGCAUACGAAAAAUUAAAUGUGCACGAUGGCCUUCUGCUUUGGGAAGAAAAAGGCUGUCCCGCUAAGAAACUGGUUGUCGGCAUUCCGUUAUACGGACGUACGUUCACCCUCAGUCAAAGUAACAACAAUUACGAGCCAGGCACCUACAUUAACAAAGAGGCUGGAGGUGGUAAACCUGGAAAAUACACACAAGCUAAGGGAUUCCUUUCUUAUUACGAAAUCUGUACCAAUUUACAAGCUCCAGGCAGUAACUGGACUCAAAAAUUUGACGAUAUUGGCAAAGUUCCAUACAUGUAUCAAGGUACACAAUGGGUUGGUUAUGAAAACGUGGAGAGCGUGAAAUACAAGAUCGAUUUUAUCAAGGAAUCUGGAUACGCUGGUGCCAUGGUUUGGGCCAUCGACAUGGACGACUUUCAAGGACUUUGCGGUGACCGUAACCCUCUGAUGAAUGUCAUUAAUCAAGGUUUAGAAGGAUAUAUCGUGCCAGAUAAAGAUUUUCAUACCACUCCUACGCCUGACUGGGCAAAGCCACCAAGUACCAUAUCGUCAGAUAAUAUUCAAACUACUCAAAGUAGCCAAAUUACUCAAUCUGCACGACCGUCUACAACUAACAAACCUACAAAAAGACCUACUCAGAAGCCAGAGGUAACUUCUUCCACUACGGAAACAAAUAAAUCCGAAUCUACGCAACAGCCGAUAGACAAUGACGAAGUACAUAAAAUCAAUUGUGAAAACGCUAAUAAAUUCGUCCCGUCUAAAGACUGUCACUCUUACUAUGAGUGUGUUCACGGAAUACCAGUGAAGUUCAAGUGUCCCAACAAGUUAAUUUGGAACGGGAGGGAUAAUACUUGCGAUUGGCCUCAAAAUGCUGAUCGAGAAGAGUGUAGAAUUCAAUAAAAUCCAAACAUUCUUUAAACUCGUCGCAAAAAAAGGACUGACAAAUUCCAUCGUGAUAUUUCAAUGUGGACCAAAUAAUCACCUCAUCUUGCUAACGAAUAUGUGAUACGCCGCGAGUUGCGACUAUUAUCUUAUUCGUUCAUUUCAUCACAAUCAUAUGUUGUAAAACUUGCCUAAUGAUGAAAAUUCAAUAAACAUCAUAUCAUUUAUAACAAAACUUUUAUAAUCCAAUACAGCAUUUAUUUACUUCAUUAUAUAUCGUUUCACUUUAAAACUAUAAACUAUAAUUAUCUUUAAUCGUAUAAUUUACGGUAAUAAAUAAUUUGUUGUUUCAGAAACAUAA